CGUGUUCUGUUGUUUGGGGUUCGGGCUGCCCGGAGGGGCGUUCUCGGGAGGCUCGCCGGUGCAGGCCGCGCUGACAGGGCCGCGCCCCGCCGCUCGGCCGCCCUUGGCUCGGUGCGCUCGCGCUCUCCUCGUCCCGCAGGCCCAACAUGGCGCAGGACGUGGCCGAGUACCUGAGCCAGAACCCGCGAGUAGCCGCCUGGGCGGAGACGCUGCGCUGCGAGGGCGAGACGGACAAACACUGGCGCCACCGCCGGGAGUUCCUGCUCCGCAAUGCCGGAGACCUGGUCCCCUCGACGCCCGGGGAAGCCGCGGCCGACGCGGAGAGCGGAAGCCGCCGUCGGCAGCUCCAGCAGCUCGUCUCCUUCUCCAUGGCCUGGGCAAACCAUGUCUUCCUGGGGUGCCGGUACCCUCAAAAAGUUAUGGAUAAAAUUCUUAGUAUGGCUGAAGGCAUCAAAGUGACAGAUGCUCCAAUCCAUACCACACGAGACGAACUGGUUGCCAAGGUGAAGAAAAGAGGGAUAUCGAGUAGCAAUGAAGGGAUAGAAGAGCCGUCCAAAAAACGAGUCAUAGAAGGAAAAAACAAUUCUGUUGAGCGAGAUCAUGGAAAGAAAUCUGCUAAAACAGAUCGUUCGUCAGCUCAUCAGGAAAACAGCUCGGCAUCCACAGGGUCGUCCACCAAGUCAGAGAGUAGUGGGGCGUCAGCUCGGAGCGGCUCUGGUGUCUCUAAUCAGAAUAGCUCCACAAGUGAAGGAGAUAGAUCUGUUUGCAGCCAGAGCAGCAGCAGUUCCUCUCAGGUAACAACAGCAGGGGCUGGAAAAGCUUCUGACCCAGAAGCUGCAGAUAAACAUGGGUCAGCAUCAUUUGUUUCUUCGUUGUUGAAAUCCAGUAUGAAUAGUCAUGUGGGCCAGUCCACUGAUUCCAGACAGCAGAGCGGAUCACCUAAAAAGAGUGCUUUGGAAGGUUCUUCCGUCUCGGCUUCUCAGAGCAGCUCAGAGAUCGAGGUGCCCUUGUUGGGUUCCUCUGGAAGUUCAGAAGUAGAGUUGCCAUUACUGUCUAAUAAGUCUAGUUCAGAGACAGCCUCAAGUGGGUUAACAUCCAAAACUAGUUCAGAGGCAAGUGUUUCACCUACAGUUUCUAAAAACAGUUCCUCGUCAGGCACCUCUCUACUAACUCCCAAGAGCAGUUCAACCAGUUCUUCACUGCUGACUUCCAAAAGCACUUCUCAGGUAGCUGCAUCUCUGUUAGCUUCCAAAAGCAGCUCCCAGAGCAGUGGCUCUAUGGCUUCCAAAAGCACUUCCUUAGCAAGUGUGUCUCAGCUAGCUUCUAAGAGUAGCUCUCAGAGUAGCACUUCACAGGUGCCUUCCAAAAGUGCCUCACAGUCCAGUGAGAGCUCAGUCAAAUUCUCUUGCCGGAAGUUAACCAAUGAAGACGUGAAGCAGAAGCAGCCCUUCUUCAAUAGACUGUAUAAAACAGUGGCGUGGAAGUUGGUGGCUGUUGGUGGCUUUAGCCCCAGCGUGAAUCAUGGAGAGCUGCUAAAUGCAGCUAUUGAAGCUCUGAAAGCAACACUGGAUGUGUUUUUUGUCCCGCUGAAAGAACUGGCAGAUCUGCCUCAAAAUAAGAGCUCUCAAGAAAGUAUUGUUUGUGAGUUGAGGUGUAAGUCAGUGUAUUUGGGCACUGGCUGUGGAAAAAGCAAAGAAAAUGCAAAGGCAGUUGCAUCGAGAGAAGCACUGAAGUUAUUUCUCAAGAAGAAAGUGGUGGUAAAGAUAUGUAGAAGGAAGUACAGAGGCAGUGAGGUAGAAGAUCUAGUACUCCUUGAUGAAGAGUCGAGACCUGUAAACUUGCCGCCCGCAUUGAAACAUCCUCAAGAAUUACUGUAAUGUCUCCAAGUCACCACUGCAUCCAGUAGCUGGUGUUUGAAGAGAACUGGCUUUUAUAUGAUAUAAAACACUGGCUUUCACAGAUUUUGUAUUGCUUUUUUCCAGUUUUGCAGAAAAUUUAAAUUCUAGUUCUCUUGAGUAAAGUAGAAGUUGUACAUAAUUUAUGAAUGACAGUACAUAUUAAAGGGUAUACACUGACAGCAUACCAAUGCAGUUUUAUUUGCUGAAGAAAAUACUGUCUUCUAUUUUUAAUGAUAUAUUAGGUACGAUGUGUAGUUCUGUAGAACCUUAAAUUUUUGUACUACUUCCAAUUUGGUGGAAAUGUAUUAAGUUGUCUACCAUGCUUUUUUUCCUCCAACUUGAUUAAAUCCCAUCAAAGAAAAGGGGACCACAGUAUUUGAAUGUGUGAAAAUCUGUAAGACAAGGUUUUAAGAAUGUUGCUCAUAAUGUUGAACAUCUGUUAAAGAAUAAAAGAAUGGUUGCCUCAAACUAUUUUCAUGAGAAGUUGUAAACUUUUUUUUAGAUACAAAACAGUAUAAAGUACUUAUUGUUAUUUUAUUCUGAUGUUUAAAAUUCUCCAUGAUUUUGACUGCUGCUGAUUCUUAAGCAGGUUAAUUUAUGUUUUGAGGUAAAAUGCAAUUUACACUUUCUUAAAACAAAUGUGGGUUUCUAUAUUAAGCAUAUUUUGUGACUACUAAUUAUUAACAGAUUGAUUUGUUUAGAUAUUAAAUGCUUUAAGCUAUU